GGUAGGAGGAGAACCAGGAGAGAGCAGAGUCUCGGAGGCCAAGAGAGUGGAGUUUUGCGAGGAGGAGGGGAUGAGUACGGAGUAGUGACCAUUGGUUGGGAUGAGUACGGAGUAGUGGCCAUUGGUUGGGAUGAGUACGGAGUAGUGGCCAUCGGUUGGGAUGAGUACGGAGUAAUGGCCAUUGGUUGGGAUGAGUACGGAGUAGUGGCCAUUGGUUGGGAUUAGUAUGGAGUAGUGGCCAUUGGUUAGGGUGAGUAUGGAGUAGUGGCCAUUGGUUAGGGUGAGGAGUACGGGAGUAUGGAGUAAUGGGCCAUUGGUUGGGAUGAGUACGGAGUAAUGGCCAUUGGUUGGGGUGAGUACGGAGUAGUGGCCAUUGGUUGGGUGAGUGAGUACGGA